UGUUUUGCAAGCCACACAAACAUUUGAAGCAACAGCAUAUGCUGUACAUGGAUUGCACUUGCAAAUCGACACAAACACUCACGACAGUGCUUUCAUGGACUUGAAUACUGUGGGCAAUGGGCACAUUUACUGUUGUCGUCUCAUAUAAGAGAUAUAUGUCUACCCAGCUGCGUGUUUUUGUGGCUGACCUGCGUUAGUGACCCAGAUAGUUACCAAUGCGUACUCGCAGUAAACACACAGUGUCAGUUCACAUAUGAAUCGCGUGUGAUCUGACAGUGAGGGACGUGUAUAUACACUAUCAGAGAUAGUGGUAGUAUAGGCUUAUGACGGGGAUCAGAUGAACAAGUGGUUGUAGCAUGAGCAAAUAGUUCUGCAAUACUUUCGAAUACAGACACCAUUUGUUUUCAGGCUUUUCAAUACUGAUGACGGUGGAGGUGAACGAAAUCAUCAUCCAAGACUAUUUUCCUGUUGAUGUGAAUCGACUUUUGAAAUAUCCCGAGGGACACCGUUUCAACAAAAGUCCAACAUGGGAUGCAUGUCAUCAAAACAUGACAACGUCGAUGUGUUUUACAACAUCAACGAUGGUGUCGCAAUCGGCGUUAAUGAAGGAACGUAUGUGGACGACCCUUGUGGGUCAUCACUGAAAUAUUGCUCAGUGGAUUUCAGGAUCUCACGUGGGUCAAAGACUAGCAGGACACAACGACCCAGUGCUAGUAGUGGAUGUGGCUGUACUGGGUGUUCCGAGUGUUGCCGGAUGUGGACAGACAAGGACUUCCCGUAUCCACGGGCGACAAGUGACUUCUACAUGGACUGGAAGAGACCACAUCAUAUCGUCGCACACCCAGUACUGUUUGCUGAAGGAACUGACAAAUCCGACAUCAACCAAGGAAGUUUUGGAACAUGCUGGUUCUUGUCCAUGCUGUCAAAUAUUGCAGAGGAUAGAGAACUCCUUAAGAAGGUGAUCAGCAACAGGUCGUACACCCCUAAGACUGACGGUAUCUUCCACUGUCGGCUGUGGAGACUGGGGACGUGGGAGGACGUCUACAUCGACGACUUCCUGCCGGUUAAUGAUGGUACCAGGUUUCUGCUCAGUGCUGGCUCAGGUUCCGGCAACAACGAGAUGUGGGUUUCCCUCAUGGAGAAGGCGCUGGCCAAAUUCCACGGGUCCUACAGUGUGGUAGAAGGGGGAUGGCCAAGCGACGCUUAUCUGGCUUUGACUGGGGGUGUGCCGGAGACCGUCCGACUUGAGAGCACUUCCUACGACCCUCGGCUACUUUACCAUCGCAUCAGAGCGGCACUGGACACAGGUGCUCUCGUAACAUGUGCUAUAUUUAAAAAGUAUGUCCCAAAGGGCCUGGUCGGACAACACGCCUAUUCGCUCAACGGAGCUGAUGUGGUGACCACAUUUGACAAUGCCAGAGUACCUCUGCUGCGAAUUCGAAAUCCACAUGGUGAAAACGAGUGGACGGGACGAUGGAGUGACGGGAGCGGUGAAUGGAAGCGUGAAGGAAGGUCGAGACCUACUGAAGAGAAAAAUGACGGGAGUUCUGGAUGAGCCUAGCAGACUUCACCGGGUUUUCAACAGAUUACCAUCUGCUCUCUUACUCCGGACUUCGACAUUGAUGGGAGAUCGGAUCAUCUCAAUUACGUGUUGCGGAUGUUUGGUGAGUGGAGAAGCGAUACAGCUUUUGGUCAAGGACGGACUAUAGUGGACAGAUUGAGGAACCCACGAUUUUCCUUCACCAUCCGCAGGGAAGAUGGAGAUGAUGUAGCCGUUGUCGCCCACCUCAUACAGGAUGCGGCUCAGCAUGAGGCUUACUAUGACAUUCGCUGUGAUUUAUUCAAGGUGUUGAGUGACGACAAUAGAUGCAUAUCCGUUAUCAAGAUGCAUGACACGGAAGGGAAGGAGCAUUACUUCCGGUGGCGACAGUGCACCUUCCGCUUCCAGUUGAGCCCGGGGUCUUAUAUUGUGGUCCCGUCAACCUCCCAGUCUGCCUCAAGUAGAGAGUUUCUUGUACGAGUCUUCUCUCCGUGUCCGCUGUAUGACUGCAAGGAAAUACCAAGACAUAGACUGAUUUUACCCCAUCGCAGACGACGAUGAGUUCGAUCAUUCAACAUCGCUUAGACAUCAGCACUCACCUUCCACAACGUCAGCAUAUGUGCGACAUCAUCAGCAUAUGGUCAACAGCAUUAACUACAUCUUGGUAGCAUCAUCAGCGGCAUGCGAGUCGUUGUCUUCCACGUGACCAGGGGCAUUACAGCCACAUAUGCUCAACAUCAUCAGUGACAUCUUCGCUGCAUCACCCGUGAAGAUUCGUGUUAGGCUUGAUCUUCAGUAACCCAUGCUUGUUGUAAGAGGCGACUAACGGGAUCGGGUGGUCAGGCUCGCUG